GCACUCUUGAUGGCCAAAUGCAACCAUGGUGGCUUGGGUUUUCCUGUUGCUGUGUGUAGCUGCCUCUGUAUGCAGGAGGCUGAGCAGGGCAGUCCUAUUGAAGAAUGUCUUUCUGCAUUGGAUGGCCCACCACAGUCAGUACUAAGCGAAGUUGACAAGCCAAUUGGAAACUGGGGUUUAAAAUCGCAUUUUAGCACCCAACAACAAACCAGUUUAUUGGGCAACCACCCAAUGGUCUGAUUCAAUGUAAGACCAAAGUCAGUAAAAGAUGUUAUACUAUUGGUCUGAUUCAGUAUAAGCUAUCUUCAUGUGCCCUAUUGUAGGGGGUUAGGGGCAAACAAAGCUAUUUGCUUUAGGUAAGGGCUGUGGCUCAGUGGUAGAGCAUCUGUUUGGCAUGCAGAAGGUCCCAGGUUCAAUCCCUGCCAUCUCCAGCUAAAGGAUCAGAUGGUAGGUGAUGUGAAAGACCUCUGCCUGAAACUCUGGAGAGCAGCUGCCAGUCUGAGUUGGCAAUACUGACCUUGAUAGACCAAUGGUCUGAUUCAGGAGAAGGUAGCUUCAUGGGCCAUGUGCUGCCAUCAACUGGUUUUAAUCAGACCAGGUAUUACAAACAGUGGUUUAUCACCAUGUUUGAAUGUUUUUUUAAACUGUGAAAUGGGCUGUACUUUUGUUGAUUAAUCAAGGCAUGUAGAAAACGGCAAAAAAUAUACCUUUCCCCACCCCCCAACAAAGAUGCAGUCAAGAUUGGUGUAAUUAAAUUGCUUCCUCAAAAAAAUCACACAGCUGAAUGCAAAUGUAGGCUGUGUUCUAUUCACUUGCAUGCAGAGCCAUCGUGUUUGUACUCAUCUAAGAAUGCCCUAAGGAAACGUCAAAACAGGAUCCUGGGGGGAGGGCAUGGGUGUGACUAGUGCUUUUAAAAUGUCUGUGGCAAUUGCAUCCUUUAGUCACCGGCCUCAGCUGCACUCCGAUGGAACAGCCAACUAGUUUGUUGUGCCUUUAUCUCCCUCCUCUGGCAAGUUGCAUCUUUGGUGGCACAUCAAGUGCUGGAGUCUGGCUGUCAGUAUCUAUGGUUCAAGGCACAUGAUUUAUACCUGGAGUACAGUAACACCUCCUUUAACAUUGUAGUUACGUUCCUGAAAACAGAGUGCUAAGUAAAAGAGCUUUAGAAGAGGUAUCAAUAACACCAGUUUUAAUGGAAAUGUGUUCAUGAUGCCACCAUUUCUUAUGUAUGAGUAGGGUUGCGAACAGCCUGGGGAAAAAUGUCCUGUCUCUUUUGACAGAAGCUGAAUGGGAUGCUACUUAAUGCCAUGUCAUGAAAAAAUGCAGCUGUCCGUUUCCCUACAGAACAUUUUUCUCCAGGCCAUUGGCAACGCUACUGAGAAAACUUUUGUAGAGGUGAGAAAGAUUUGGGAAGAUUUAAGCGUUUUAAUAACCUGAUGUUAAGCAGUUCCCAACUUUUUGUGAAUAGUAAAAAGCCUACAAUGUAACAAAAAAAUACAAGAAUGUGUAAUAAUUUUUCAUUCAUACCGAGACUGAUCUACAUGGAGAAUUUUCUGAAAAGCUACACCUCUGAAAUGGUUGCCGUGGCUUAAUAUGAGCUGAGGAGAGCCCUGGAUUGUGUGACUGGGGUAAGAGUGGACUGUAAACUAAAUAUGAGCAGUCAGUGUGAUGCGGUGGCAAAAAAAGCUAAUUCAAUCGGGUUGUAUCAAAGGGGCCAUAGCGUCGAAAUCGCAGGAGGUCAUAGCCCCUCUCUAUACUGCCUUGGUCAGGCCACACCUGGAGUAUUGUGUGCAGUUCUGGAGGCCUCACUUCAAAAAGGAUGUGGCCAAAAUCGAGAGGGUGCAGAAGAGAGCGACAAGGAUGAUCAGGGGUCUGGAGACUGAGCCCUACGAGUUGGAUUCCUGCUCCAGCAGCGACUCGGAGCCGGAGGGCCCCCCCAGGAAGCCCCUGCCUAAGCGCCGCCGCUUCUUGUCUGACACAGCAGUCCUCGCCGUCCCGGUCUACUCCAGUAAGGUUCAGAACAGCCUCCAACUUUUCCCUGAGUCUCUGAAGCUGCCAGUUCAAGUCCCGCUGGUGUCCUCGGCGCUUCAAGUCCAGGGCAGAUCAGAUGAAGAAGAGGAAGCAGCAGCAGUGACUCCCUCAGAGCAAGAAAAAAGAAGUCCAGUUUUGCCGCCAUCCCCUCCGCCUCCCCCACAGCCACAGAGACGGAGCUCACGGUGUCCUGGAACCCACAUUAUUGACCAGAGGCUCAGGAAUCUGAAAUCCACCCUUUCCGCUGUCAAGGAGAGCUUACAGGAUGACGGUUCAGGUUUUGAUGAGGAUGACGUGAUUCUGAUUGACUCACCUGAACCCUCAGAAUCUCGGGAACUAAUACUGAAGAUCCGGUGCCGGGCAGAUCUCUACAGAGUCUCUGUUCAGAUGACAGACCCCCUUCAGCGGGUGGUUGAACAUAUGGGACAGACGCUGAAGGUUCAUCCGAGUAGAAUCCUCCUCCUCCUUCGGGACCGUGAACUUACAACUGACGCCACUCCCCGUGGGCUGGGCCUGGGGGUGGCCGAUAUCAUUGACUGUGUAGUAGAGACGACUGGUGAAGAGAGUGAUGAGAGGGGAAGCCUGCAGCUCCGGGUGCAAGGGAAAGACAAACGCUCCCACAUGGAGAUCACGGUCCAAAGGAAUGAACCGUUGCGAGCACUGAUGAGUCACUACCGUCAAGCCCAAGGACUUGGUAGACGCAAACUGGCCUUCUAUUUUGAUGGGAGGCGUCUGGCAGAAAACUGGACCCCUGAAGAGGCAGGGAUGGAGUGCGGUGACGUCAUUGAAGUGUGGAACUAGAGAGCCUUCUCUCUCGGGCAAAGAGGCCAUGUCUCUUUAGGUUCCCCCGCAGGAUCCCAACUCUGAUUUACUUUAACCCAUGCUACUUCCUCUCCACCUCCAUUUAAAUUUUUCUAUGCCUAAUUGGUAUGUUGGGGGCAGGGAGGGCAAGGAGAGCAUUAUGCAGGAAUUGUCUACAUUUUCUAUCCUCUCUGGCCGCAAGGGUGAAAGACUGUGGUCUGCACUCCUUUCUCUUCUCAUCCCCCAAAUGUUUGGAAACGGAAUAAAUUAGGGGUAUUUUAAUUGAUGUAAUACCACAUCUUUGAUGAGGAUGGAGAGAGGGUGUCUGGCAUGGGGUGGAUCUGUGUGAAUCUGCAAUCCUGUUUCAGUAAAUUGUGGUUUGAUCAAAUUCCCAAUUCUUUGAAUUGUCGGAAGGCAAAUUGUCCAGCAAAAAUAAAGGUGGUUGGUUGGCACCAAACUAGAGUUACAAACUAGGGUUCACAGCUGGUUUAUACAAGAUGAGAUUCAUGGAAUGUGACUCCACAAUUCACAAACCAGAGUUUUAAUAAAGCUGUUCCUUGCAGCCACCUGGAUCUAGGCUUGGUAGUAUAGUGAGGCUUUAUGUACAAACUGGAAGUUUCUAUUUAUGUGUGGGAAUGUAACUUGAGGUUGUUGCACAAUGUACACUUUGUUAUGACACCUAAAUGCAGCUGCAGCGCCCUGUAGGAGUUGGAAGUCAGACUUUACUGUAGACUAUGUGGUCUCACUUAGGUUUAAAAUAAUAUAAACUGUCUUUUAAAAUUAUAUUUUAUAAUACAUUAAAAUUAGAAAAAAGAAAAUAUCCACAAUUCGUUAAACUGUGAAUGUCAUAAUGAGUACCAUUGUUGAUGAAAGGGGAAAUAAAGAGG